AUGGAAAUAGAUCCAACACAUUCAGUAAGAAAUCCUGAUCUUCACACUAUUUUAGAUGGAUCCAACUAACUCAUAGACUCUCUUACUCUAAAACAAUAAAGACAAUUUGUAUCAGAUUUCCUAGCCAAUCAGGCACCGAAACUAUAAGAAUAAGAAAUUCCAGUAUGA